CAGAGGGCUGUGCUGUAGAGAUUACAGAGGGAAACAGGAAGAAGCAGGAAGCAUUGAACACUCUGCAACAUCAGCCUUCGGCACCAGUGCUCCAUUACCAAGCUACCUACAGAGGGCAGUCAUGGCAAAAAUUCAACUUCUGGGAGAAAUGGAUGACCUCAGUCUCUCAGGAUUUGGUCAGCCCAGCCCCAGACAUGGGCUACAGCUGUUGUUCUGGUUUGCUAAAAAAUUCAUCCAUUUUGACAACAACAACCAGAUCAUCAUGAAAUACAAUCCAAGUGAUGGGCGCUUUGGCUUCCAUAAAUUCCAAAACAGAUUUGAACGUUUUCAAGGUGGUCGACUUCUACCCAAUCAGAGAAGCCCAUACUACGAAGUGGGUAACCUACACCCACUAGAAGCUCAGCAGCUACCUAAGUAUGUCAAAGAGAAAUUCACCGGCCACAUAGAUGGAAGUAACACUGACCGCCUAAUUAUUGGUUUGAAUUCAAAUGGAGAAAUCAAUAAAGUCUAUGUGACACAACAUGAAAAUGGAAGAAACUUUAGUCAUGGUCACACGUACCAGAUCAGUGAGGACCUUCUUCAUGAAAUUCAGAACACCUCUAACUGUAAGAGUUUCUUGGAACAGGUCCUUGGAACAGGAAAGUCAAAGCCAAAGAAAAAGAGAAGGCAAAUAAAUGAUUAUGUUGCUGUUGACAUGGAUUCCAACCCUCCAAUAGAGAAUUAUUAUGUUGGUGAUGAUACAUCAGAGUAUUCUAUCCCUAUAGAGAAAAAGAGCUGUUGCCCAUGCUGUACCAUUCUUUAAAUGGGCCUAUAUGAUCUAUAAAAUCAUAAUCUGGAUGUGGCUUCAUAAUUAUAACCCUGGUCCUGAACCCUCUGUUUUAAAACAUGACAUGCUUAUUUGUGACAACAAAAACUUAAAUGACUUACAACCAAAUGUACUUUUGUUAUUAUUAUUUAUUUUUGUAUUUCUUUUGUUGUUAAUAUUGUUAUUUUAACCCGAUUGAACCUUUUUUUUCAGUUCCCUGUUGCCUUGCCAUACUUUGUAUUUGUUUCAUCUAGUGUGCAUGUUUUAUAAGCAUGAUCAUGUUUACUUUUCCAGCCUAAGGUAAAAUAGCUAAAAGGCAAAUAAAUAACAGAAAUAUU